CUACCGCGAGUGAUCGAAUGCUAGUGCAUUGCAGAGAUGCUCCAGGCCGCGUGUCUUGAGGAAGUUGCUCAGUGCCUGAAUCAGACAGGACACGCCUGUGUGUGUAGUGUGUGAGCAGUGUCUCUGUGUGUAUUUCUGUGCAGGUGAGAGACACUGCGUACCAGUCGAGCCUGCUGUGCCGGUGCCGCAUGCUUUUGGGCAGAAGGGACACACACAAAGGAGGGAUCACACAGAGCCAAAGUGGGACUGUGUGGCGGUUGGUGUCUCCUUGCUGCACCAUGGAUGGAUGGAUGGAUGGACAGAUGACGCGAACGACCAGCACACCCAAAGAAGCAAGGCACAGACAGACAGACAUGCACACUUGGCCAAGUGAGGGUCUGCAUUCCUUUCUUACCUUGUGUGUGUGUGUGUGUGUGUGUCUUGUCUUACCACCAGCGGGACGGAUCGCGCAAUCUUCAUUUGGGAAGAGACGCCCAGAUAUAAAAUGUAGGCGGCGAUGCUGAUCGGAGGUCUUCGGCCUGGUUGAAUGUCGAUUACAAGCAGCACCCAUCCCAGGGACGUCAGCCCCCUGCCACCACACAGCGCCCUUCCCUUCGCCCACCGCUUCACCAGCAAGGCUGAGAAAGAGAGCAAGCCGUGAAUUGUCACACUGUCUUUUGUGAACGUUAGUGACCGGUGUCUCCGCUUACCCAGCUUCCUGAUAAUUGGAGAAGACUCCAUAUAUGCGAGGAGGAGCUUGGCCUUGUGGCUCCCCAGGCCGUUGUUAAAGGCCACAUCAGCCUUCCCCCUUCCUUGGCUCUGACCAGACACACACCAGACACAAACCAUCAUCUGAACAUCUUCUGUUCCAUGAUUCUGUCAUUUUGGUACCUUUGACAGAUGGCAGUGCACUGUCGGCCAACGCGCCCCAUUUCGGGCAUGGAUGGACAUGUCGGCCCCAUACUGUUGACAUGCACGCAGCGCACAUGUCUCUUUGUUCUUUCUUUCCUUUUUUCGUUCGUCCUUGGCCUUCACUCACCCGAUGCUUCAGGUCAUCCCCCAGCUUCUCGCAGGCCAGCAUCCCGACAUCCUGAUGCCCCUGCCUGGCCGAGCCCUCUCUAAGCAGCUGGUCGGCCUUGUCGGCCGGGAUGGCAGCCGACAAGUCGACGUCGCUCUCCCAUAAAGCCAGCUUGUAAGCAGCUGAGCCGAAGAGAACGGCGUCGGUGCCAAAGACCCGGUGCACGGCCUUUCGGAGCCGCCGCGCCAUGGGCUCUGGUGGGUUGUUGAUCGUGGAACGAGGCAGAGGACAAUAAGUGCUAUGGAUGACUAAGUAGUCUGCCGAAUUCACCUGCAAGCGUACGUCUUGGUGGUUGUCGGGCGGGUGUCGGGCCUGUGGUGUGUUCACUGCAGGCAGUGGUCUCACUUGGCGUGUCUCGUGUGCUGAUCUGUCACACCUUCAAGAAAGUCGUAGGCGGAAAUGUCCGACUCGUCCCCCCAUCCGUCGACCCGUCGGACAUAUGCCACUCGCCCACUCUGCAGGCUGCCGUCCUCAGGCAGGGUCUGGUGUUUGGCAAAUGAGUGGAAGUGCAACCCAUGUCUCUCAUGUCCAUCUCUGUCUCAUCUCCUUACGGCGUCUUCUCCUUCGUGUGUCUCCGAUUGCACACGGUGGCGAUGCUCACUCAGCUGCUCCUCUGACCUGGCCAUCAACGACUGCAAGCACCGGGAGCCAAACAAAGGGAUGUAUGACGUACUUUGGCAGUCGAAAUGAAUACCUACCUGCUGCUGGCUGAUGAGUGUCUGAAGCCUGAGCACCUCCUCCUCGCUCUCCUUUAACCGUCCUUCUAACCAUGCGAUACUUUGGCGCAGCGCUGCGGGGCGGGGAAGGGAAGGAGACGAGGGGACGGCUCGUGUGAGGGUUAUCGGCCAUGAUUUGUCUGUCUGGCCUCUUGCCUACCUGCUAUCUCCCUGCUCUCCUCAAUGCUCUCCUCAGUGCCCUGUCCGCCCCCAGCCGCAGCCGCCCGACCGAUCUCGCGCAGCUUGCUGAUGGUGUCCUCAACCGACGCACUCAGCUCCAGGCUAUGGCCACCAGCAGACGCGCCCGCCAGUCCGCUCAGCCGUGCGUCCCUCUCCGGCAGCGGCCUCGAUGGCGGCACUGGUGAGAGGAUGGGCCGGUUGUCGUACCAGUGCUGCCGUGGGGAGGGCAGCUGCGAGUCGGUCAUGGGCGUUGUCUGGCUCGGAGGGGUCAACUCAGAAUGAAAAUCAGAAUCCUGACCGACCAACACGGACACAGGAGAUGUCUGUCUGUCUGUCUGUCAACACACCCAUUCGCGCACCUCCCCACCGUCGUCAGAUCGGUGAUCCAGGCCGCUACGCCAGUCGGCGGCCCCUCACCCGCCCCUGCCAGCAGCCCGUGGAGGCCGUCGUCCACCACAUCCCGCUGGUAUGAAACAGAAGAUGCUUCCAACGCCGGUUGCUCUUGCUCCUUCCACUCUCGUCUCACCUCGAGCUGUUUGAGGUCAUGUUUGAUCUUUCGACGCUCUCUGUCCAUCUCUUGUUGGGCUUCCUCGUACUCGUUCAUGGCUGCCCUCUCCCUCAUGGAAAGCUGGUGCACCUUCUCUGCCAGCUCAGCAUCGUCGAUCGCCCCCCUCUUGUGGUCCUCGAAGGCCUUUUCUAUUCGAUGGCGUAAGGGGCGCAUCUCGGCGGCGUACUUGGCCUCGCUGUACCGCUGGUGCUCUUCAAGGUAUUCCAU